AUGUCGGACUCAAAUCAUCAGUUCGACAAAAUUGUCAUGAAAGGCAUUCCAUUCGACAUCGCCGUCACCUUUGCAGUCUGGAUUGAGGUGUGGAUAGUUGUUUUCAAGGCACACGGUUCAAAUUCUAAUCGCGGCAAUGGAUUUUCUCUCCAGCUACUUCUCUACGGCGUCUACGUCACUCUUUUCAUCUCUGCCCUUUCUGUGAUGUUCAAGAGAAGGUCGUCAAACAGAGCUAAUAGGACUACUAUCAGCGCUUGGAUCUUUUCUGUGUUCAUAAUGCUCAUGUUCAUUGUGGCCACGCUUCACGUUGCACUGGCUCUUUUUCGAUGUCUUCGGGCAUACAUACUUCGAGUUGAUCCAAGAGGCGCUUUUUGGUAUCUUUGGGACCUCACCAGAUGGGAUAGCGCCGUCACUAAUGCACUGUUAUGCACAAUGUCGUGGCUUGGAGAUAUCCUCGUGAUAUACAGGUGUUAUUAUGUGUGGAACUGUAACCUUUUGGUAAUCUUGGUACCUCUGUUGCUUUUCCUCGCCACAGUUGGCAUCAAUGCGUACACUCUCUAUUGGUUUGCCCACCCAUCCGAUACACAUAUAGAUAUUAACUUGGUGACUUCGCUACUCAACUCCAUCUACCCAUUGGCCUUCAUACAGAAUGUUUUGACAACGGGCUUGAUAACAUUCAAAAUAUGGCUCCAACACAAGGCUUCUAGUGCAGCUGGGGUUAUCGAUCGGGGUUCUCGGCUCAGUCUUAUACGUGUGCUGCUUAUCAUCAUUGAGAGCGCAAUGAUUUACACGUUCCAAAUCUUUGUUCUCAUAAUUUUGUACUUCAAGAGCAACACCUUUCAGUUUAUUGUCCAAUCUGCCAUCGUUCCAAGCAUAGGCAUUGUUUUCGUUCUUAUAGCUGUGCGCGUUCACAUCGCUAAAUCAAAGAGCACUCUGGGUACCGGCCUUGGUACUUUGCCGGCAUGGCUUGACGAUGGCGGAAGUGCCUUUGAAUUGACCGACCAACGUUCUCCUACACCCAUUCCAGCGAUUACUUUCAGAGUCUCGGCAAACCAUUUUGAACGCGAUGACGAGCCGGAUUCACCUUUUGACUCAUCUGCCUAUACCCACAAGAGCGAGCAAAGCAGCAAAGCGAUGCAUGUUGUGUAA